AUGGGAGAAACAGGGUGGAACGGGCUGUUGGUGCUCGUGUGCGUCUCUUUGGCGAGCCUUUCUGCUGGCACACAGGGAAAGACGGUGAAAUAUCAGACAUUUGAGGAAGACGCACCGGGGACAGUGAUUGGAAACUUGGCCAAGGACAUCUCCUCCAGUCCCUCUUCCUCGGGAGGCUCCAGGACCAAUUUCAGGAUGAUGAAACAGUUCAACUCCUCUUUCAUCCGUCUGAGGGAGAGCGACGGGCAGCUGUCCAUAGGAGAGAGGAUAGACAGGGAGCGGGUCUGCAAACACACCCUGCACUGCCUCAUCGCUUUCGACGUGGUCAGCUUCUCCAAAGAGCAGUUCAAACUCAUCCACGUCGAGGUGGAGGUCAAGGACAUCAACGACAACUCCCCCGAGUUCCCCCGGAAAGAGUCGAGUCUGGAGAUCUCCGAGAACACAGCCGUGGGCACGCGGAUCCCGCUGGACUUUGCCGUGGACGAGGAUGUUGGGGUGAACUACAUCCAAAGCUAUCAGAUCUCCGUCAACAGCCACUUUUCAAUCGACGUGCUCAGCAGGGCCGACGGGGUUAAAUAUGCGGAGCUGGUCCUCAUGAAGGAGCUGGACCGGGAGACGCAGGCUUCUUACGCGCUGGAGCUUGUGGCUAUGGACGGCGGCAACCCGUCCCGCACCGGAACAACGCGCAUCAACAUCAAGGUGAAAGACUACAACGACAACAGCCCGGUGUUUGACAGGAACAGCUUCUCCGUGGACCUGCCCGAGGACGCACCGGUGGGCUCCCUCUUGCUGGACCUGAACGCUGAGGACCCGGACGAGGGUCUGAACGGUGAGGUGGUGUACGGGUUCGGUAACCAGGUACCCCCAGAAAUACGACAACUCUUCAGAGUGGACAGGAAAACUGGACGGCUCACCCUGGAGAGCCCGAUUGACUUUGAAAGUAAGAACACGUACGAGUUUGACGUCCAGGCCACCGACCUGGGUCCGAACCCGAGCCCGGCCAUCUGCAAAAUAGUAGUGCAGGUCCAGGAUGUUAACGACAACGCACCGGAGAUCUCCAUUACCCCCAUGACCUCCAUCACAGCGGGGAUCGCGUACAUCACUGAGGCGGCGGCCAGAGAGAGUUUCGUGGCUCUGGUCAGCACCUCGGACAGAGACUCGGGCGCGAACGGACAAGUGCACUGCACCUUGUACGGACACGAUCACUUCAGACUGCAGCAGGCGUACGAGGACAGCUUCAUGAUUGUGAGUACCAGCCCGUUAGACCGGGAGAAAAUCCCUGAAUAUAACCUCACGGUAGUGGCGGAGGAUUUGGGUUCCCCUCCCUUCAGGACCAUCACUCAGUACACCAUCAGGCUGACUGACGAGAACGACAACGCUCCGGUGUUCAGUAAACCGGUGUAUGAGGUGGCAGUGGUGGAGAACAACGCACCUGGGGCAUACAUCACCACAGUUGUGGCGCGGGACAUGGACAUGGGGUCAAACGGGAAGGUCAGCUACAAACUGGCGGACACAUACUUCAUGGGCUCCCCCAUCUCCACCUUUGUGUCGCUGGACCCAGCCAGCGGGUCGCUUUACGCGCUCCGGAGCUUCAACUACGAGGUGAUGAAACAGCUGGAGCUCCGCAUCACGGCCAGUGACGGCGGCUCCCCGCCCCUGUCCGGCAGCGCUAAUGUCUACGUGAGGAUUGUGGACCAGAACGAUAACGCACCGGUCAUCACUCAGCCGGCUCUCAGCAACGGCUCCGCUGAAGUCCUCCUGCCCCGGGACGCACCGACCGGCUACGUCAUCACCCGGGUGGAGGCGCGGGACGCAGAUGAGGGCGUGAACUCGGACCUAUCCUACGGGCUGGCCACCGGUGAACCCUCCGUGUUCUCCGUGAACAAAGCCACCGGGGAGAUCUACCUAAACCAGGUGCUCAGCCACGACGUGGACGAGACCCUGAGCGUGACCGUGACGGUGAGUGACAACGGGAGGCCCGCGCUCACCUCCACCGCCACGCUCCACUUCCUAAUCAUCGCGGGCUCCCCGCCGAGCGACAGGACAGUGUACCAGUCAAGCGACGGGGACGAGGUGCACGCGCAGUGGGACCUGUCAGUGGUGAUUAUUGUUGUCCUCGCGGGGAGCUGCACGCUCCUGCUGCUCGCCAUCAUCCUCAUCGCCACCACCUGCAACCGGCGCAAGCAGGACAAAGGCGGCGAAGACAGCGACUCAUACGGGGAGAAGGGCACGCUGGAGAGGGGCAGGAACCACGUGGUUGACAACCCGCUUCUGCCGCUCCAUGGAGCCGGGGGAGGAGCGGGCUUUGACGGACACUCCUACAGCAGCCAGCCUGGUGGGUUCACCUCGGCUCACCCCGGGGGCAGCGACAUGUGCUCGGCCUCUGAGGACGGCAGCGAGGUGCCCUGUGUGUAUGACUCAGACAGCAACAGCAAACUCCGAGGGAAUAAACACGAGGGCUACUCCACUCUGCCUGGCUAUGGGAACGGAAAGGAGGCUGUGAGGCCCAUCACCAUCUGGAAGGGGAACUCUUACACCACCAUCUCUGCCAGGGACCCCGCCUUCAGUGGCAAAGACAGUGGCAAAGGGGACAGUGACUUCAAUGACAGUGACAGCGAUGUCAGUGGAGACACUGGCCUGAAGAAGGAUGGAGCAGUGGUUCCUCCAGUGGGUGGCCAAAAUGGUCUGUGGGCUUGCACCAGUGAGUGUAAGGUCCUGGGUCACUCAGAUCGCUGCUGGAGCCCAUCAGCAGUAAGAGCCAACGCAGCUCCCUCACCAGCCCCGACCCUCUCCUCCUUCAACAGCCUCCCCAAGACAGCGUCCUUGCCCCGGGACCCCCACCGCAGGGACAACUACUACCAGGCCCACAUCCCCAAAACAGUGGGGUUGCAGAGCGUGUAUGAGAAGGUGCUGCACAGAGAGUACGACUACGUCCUGGUCACCCCACCCAGGCCUGUGAGGGUCCAGGAGAUCAGUGAUAUCACCAUCCCUGUUUACACCCCCACUCCAACACACUGCCCCAACAAUGACGUCUAA